UGCUAAGUGACAGUGCAGUUCGCUCAGAGCUGCACAAUGCCAGCAUGGUAUCUCUGCUGCCUCCUGUUGGUACAGAGGUCUUCAAGCGCUUCACGCCAGCCUCACUGGAGGCGGCCCAACGACAUGAGGCCGAGGAGAAGGAGCGACAGAAGAGGAAGAACAAAGAGGUACAAGAGAAAGACCCACCCAAACAAGCCACUCACCUCGAGGUUGAGAAGCCCCUCCCAUUCAUCUAUGGAGACCCGCCCCCUGAGCUUCUCAACACCCCACUGGAGGAGUUGGAUCCCCCUUACCAAUCACAGAAGACGUUCAUUGUGCUCAGUAAAGGAAACAUCCUCCACAGGUUUAAUGCUGACUCAGCCUGUUGCCUGCUGAGUCCGUUCAAUCCAAUGAGGACCGCUGCCAUCAGGAUCCUGAUCCACUCUUUGUUCCGUUUGUUCAUCCUGUUGACGAUUCUGAAUAACUGUGUGUUCAUGAUGAUAAGCUAUUCUCCAGCAUUCACAAUUGCAGAAUAUGCGUUCACAGCCGUCUACAUGUUUGAGGUUAUCAUAAAGAUUGUGUCGAGAGGCUUCUGCAUCGGACGCUUCACCUUCCUCAGAGAUCCCUGGAACUGGCUGGACGUCAUGGUCAUCAGCACAGCAUUCCUGACUCCUGAGUUUGUAAAUCUUGGUAAAGUCUCUGUGCUGAGGAUAAUUCCCCGAGUGCUGAAGAUGAUCUCACUCUACCCCGGUGUGAAGACGACUGCUGGAGCUCUCGUCCAAUCAGUGAGGAGGCUGGUUGGUGUCAUCAUACUGGCAGCGUUUGUGCUCGCUGUCUUGGCUCUGACUGGUCUGCAGUUAUUCAUGGGAACCAUGAAGCACAAAUGUGUUUUAUGGCCUUUAAACUGGACCAACAGUUACCCCAGAUUUGAUUUCAACAAACACAUCAACAACGCCUCGGAACAGUACUUCCUCCCCAUGACUUUGGAUGCUCUGGUUUGUGGAAACAGCUCUGACGCCGGGCGGUGUCCUGAGGGUUUCAGCUGUCUGAAGACGGACAGUAACCCAAACUACAGUUUCACCAGCUACGACUCGUUUGGCUGGUCUCUGCUGUCUGUGUUCAGACUCAUGAUGGGGGACUUCUGGGAGGACCUGUUCCUGCUGAUGACAAAUGGAGCAGGUACUUACACUACGAUCAUCUUCUUGGUCCUCGUCUUCCCCAGCUGUUUCCUCCUCCUCAGCCUCAUUCUGGCGUUAGUUGCCAGGGUGACUGUUGAGCAGGACAGGGCCAAUGUCGCCAAGGCCAAACAGAGGGAAGAAGAGUUCAUUCAGAUCCUGGAGGUGAUGAAGAGGAGGGAGGAGGAGGAGGAGGAGGAGGUCUCUGAGAAACAGCCUUUAGCACCGCAGGACAAAAGCUCAGCCGCAGUAACAAAGAGCCAUGAGGAAGAACGCCCUGCUGUGGGGGAGGUCAAGGAGGACCAGAGCUCGUGUCCUCCAUGUUGUCUGGCCUUCCUGAAGUGGAACUGUUGUGGCUGCUGGAGGCGGUUGAAACAGCGGCUCCACACCUUCGUCAUGAACCCGUUCUUUGACUUUGGAAUUGUCGUCUGCCUCAUAUUUAACAGCAUCCUCAUGGCCAUGGAACAUUACCCAAUGACAAUCGAGUUUGCGGACCUGCUGUACAUGACAGACCUGAUCUUCACAAUGAUCUACACAGCCGAGGCGCUCCUCAAACUCGUGGCCUUGGACCCAUACGGUUACUUCAAGGUCGGCUGGCACAUACUUGACUUCAUCAUUGUCAUCGUCAGUCUGAUGGACGUGACAAUGGCAGAUGUCGAGGGUCUAAAUGUGCUGUACUGCUUCAAUGUGAUGCGGGUACUGAGGCUGGCCCGGUGGUGGCCAACCUUCCACACGUUGAUCAAGAUUAUGUGGACUGCGGUCUGGGCCCUAAGGAACCUGACUCUCAUUCUGCUCAUCAUGGUCUUCGCCUUCACCGUCGUCGGCUUGCAGCUGUUCCAGAAGGACUAUGAAUCCAACGUCUGUUGCAUCGCUAAUGACUGCGAGCUUCCUCGCUGGCAUAUGAACGGAUUGUUCCAGACAUUCCUCCUCAUCUUCAGGAUCUUUUGUGGAGAGUGGAUCGAGACCAUGUGGGACUGCAUGAUGGUCUCGAAUCAGAGCGUGUGUCUGAUCUUCUUCAUGACAGUCGUGGUGAUCGGAUACCUGCUGGUUCUGAACCUGUUCCUGGCCUUGCUGCUGAGCUCAGUCAGUGCUGUUAAUCUGGCAGCUCCAACAGAACAAGGAGAAAACAAUCCGCUGUUCGCCAUAAACCAGAUCAAAGGGUGUGCAGCUCGGACCAGGACCUGGAUCCUGGAACAUUUGCAAGGAAAGAAGAACCAUGUCAACCCUGACCCCAAAGUGGUCGACAGUAAGAAAGACAACAAGAAGGAGUACGUGGGCUUGACCUCUAUGACCUCAGACCAGUCGGUGUCAGAGGUCGUGAUCGAGUCCAAUACGCCUGAAAAUGAAGACAAGGAGAAAAAGCAACAAGAUGAAGACAAUAAAAAUCACAGAGAAAACACACGACUUAAACAGCCCUUUGAAGGUAUGUCAGAAAGUGAGGACUGGUGUGUGUGUGUGUGUGUGUGUGUAUGUUUUUCAUGUUGUUACCAUUGCUGUCCGUUCCUGAAUGUAGACACGUCCCGGGGCACAUGGAGGGUUUGGUCUAACUUCAGGAGAGCCUGUUUCUCCAUCGUGCAACACAAAUGCUUUGAGACCUUCAUCAUCUCCAUCAUCCUCCUCAGCAGUGCAGCUCUGGUGUUUGAGGACAUCCACCUGCAGCAGCAGACAGUGUUACAGAUGAUUCUGGACAGAGCAGACCAGGUGUUCACCUACGUGUUCCUCCUGGAGAUGCUUCUCAAGUGGAUCGCCUAUGGAUUCAAGAAGUACUUCACCAGCGUCUGGUGCUGGAUCGACUUCCUCAUCUUGGCCGUCUCUCUGAUGUCAGUGACUGUCGACAUGCUGGGAUACUCUCAACUGGAAGUGGGCCUGAUUCUGAGGACUCUGAGAGCUCUGAGGCCCCUGAGGGCCCUGUCUCGCUUCCAAUGCCUAAGGGUGGUGCUGCAGGCUCUGGCAGUGACGCUCCCAGCCCUGUUUGAUGUGCUGCUGGUGGCUCUGACCGUCUGCUUAAUGUUCAGCAUCGUUGGAGUGAGGCUGUUUGCUGGAAAGUUCUCUUACUGUUAUAAUACGACAUCAGAGCAGCUGCUCCUCGAUGAGGAGGCGGGCAACAAGACCGACUGUUUCAUUCUGAUCGACGAAAACUUUACUGAUAUCGUCUGGAAGAAUGCAAAGUUAAACUUUGACAACGUGGGACAGAGUUACCUUUCACUGCUGCAUAUGGCGACAUUCUCAGGCUGGUUGAACAUUAUGUACGCAGCAGUGGACUCCACACAGGUGGAAUCUCAGCCAGUGUAUGAGAACAGGCCCUACAUGUACCUGUACUUCAUCUGUUUCAUCAUCAUCGGCUGCUUCUUCACCUUCAACCUCUUCGUCAGAGUCUUCAUCAACAUGCUGGACCAGCUGACACACAAGUUGGGAGGGAAACAUCUGUUUAUGACGGAGGAGCAGCAGAAAUUAUCCCGGGGCAUGAAGAGACGGUUGUCCAGGACAACUCGAAAACCUGUUCCACGACCUCAGAACAAGUGCCGGGCUCUGCUCUUCGACCUGGUGACCAAACCGGCUUUUGAUGUCUUCGUGGUGGUGGUGAUCUGCUUGAAAAUGGUGACUCUGAUGGUGGAGACGGAUGAGCAGAGCAACGAGAAAGAUUUAAUUCUGCACUGGAUCAACUUCGUUUUCAUCAUCAUCUUCCUCAUUGAGUUCCUUCUGAAGAUCAUCGCCCUCGGACGGCACUACUUCUCUGACUGGCUGAACAUCCUCGACUUUGUCGUCAUUAUCUUGUCCAUUGUGGGUAUGUUCAUAUUCGACUUCCUGGAAAAAUAUUUAAUCUCACCAAACUUCUUCCCUGUGCUCCGACUGGCUCGUAUAAGUCGUAUCAUCCCUGUCAUUCCCUGGCUUGUAGCCUUUGUGUUGUCACUCCCUGCCCUCUUCAACAUUUGCCUCCUCCUCUUCCUCCUCAUCUUCACGUACUCAAUCUUCGGCAUGUUUAGCUUUGCCUAUGUGAGAAACGAGCACCCAUUGCUUUACUUUGAGACUUUUGGGAGCAGCAUGAUGUCUAUGUUUACUUUGACCACUACAACUGGACUGGACUUUCUGCUGAGGCCCAUCCUGGAUACGCCUCCGGACUGCGACCCGUACAUGCAGAACCCAGGAUCGACCGUCUUAGGGAACUGUGGCAGCCCAAUACUGGGCAUCAUCUUCUUCUCCUCCUACAUCAUCCUGUCUGUCCUGCUGGUGGUCCACAUGUACAUUGCCGUCGUCCUGGAGACCUUCAAUAUGGACGACACUGAGAACCUGAGUGACAAUGAACUGCAGAUGUUUUAUAAAACCUGGAGGAUGUUUGACACUGAUGGCUCACAGGUCAUACAGUACAGUCAGCUGUCAGAUUUCUGCGACACUCUGCAGGAUCCUCUGAGGAUUCCCAAACCAAACACAAUCAAACUGAUCCACAUGGAUCUGCCUCUGCUUCCUGGAGACAAGAUCCACUGUACAGAUGUCCUGCUUGCAUUCACUGCAGAGGUAUUUGGUGAUUCAGGACAGAGGGAUGCUAUCAAAGCCAGAAUUGAGGAGAAGUUCAUGACCAACAAGUUGCCCAAGCUGUCAUAUGAACCAAUCAGCAGCACCCUGCAGAGAAAACACGAGGAGGUGGCAGCGACGGUGAUCCAAAGAGCAUACAGGAAACACGUCCUGCAGGACAGAGAUGUGGAGGCAACAGCAGCAGAGCCAGCAGGUGGCGCUUCAGGUGUUUAAGGGUCCUCUCACCUGGGAACACCCCUCUCAACACAAUGACUUCCUGCCACAUGAGAACCUGAGGAAGUCUGUAGUCCACAACGACCAAUCACUGAACUUCACUUUGACAUUAUUCACAAACCAGAAAUGCCACAGUAGUAACAGUAGUAAACAUCAAGUAGCACUGAGGCUGAUGGGAACGCACCUGGUCAUAAACCAAAGUAAAGGAGUUGAGGAGAAGUCAGAGGAUGAUCAGUUAUUACAGUUCAUCCUCUGGGGAACAUGAAGGUCUGAACCAUAUCAGAUGUUUGACAGGAGGUCAAAGUGAUCAGAUCACACAGUGGACACAUAAACAUAUUAAUCAAGACUGAUUAAAACCUGCACACAUAUUCAUACGUGCUUCUAACACACUCUUACACAUUUAUACAAAUAUUUUAUACUUUUAGUUUCAUAUUUGUCAAAGUUUUUCCUGACAGUGUUUUUAUACUCCACAACUGAAGUCGAGGGAAAAUACUCCAAUCCUGUUUGUUUCUAACCAUACGUGUCAUUACCUUGACGUUUCAUCAUUAACCUAUAUCAUUAGUUAACAGCUAACCUGUUGGAUAUAUCCCCUUACAAUAAUAAAAUAUAUAAUUCAUGUCAGAGACAUUUAAUAACCACUUAAUUCUGACCCUGUGAACAGUUCAUGGACAUGUGCAGCAGCAACACUCGUCUCAUUACGUAGCUUCAUCAUGGACAUUCUCUCUAAUUAGAAAAGAAACAGGAAAAGAGGCAUCAAGUCAGAUGUUCCUAA